GGCCCUCCCGGGGGGGAGCGGGGCUAUCUGGGCCGGGCAGCGCCGCUGGCCCCGGGCAGGAAUGUCCCUGCGCGCACAGAUAAUGUUAUUUAUAUCGCCGCGAAGGGCGGCUCCGCUCCCCCCGCCCCGCUCCGGUCCCGGCUCCGGCCCCGGGCCCGCCGCCGCCGCCGCCGCUCGUUCGCCCGCCGCCCCGCGCAGGGGCUUCUCGCCGGUAGCCGACGGCCAGCCGGCCGGGGGACGCCGGGACCAUGACCUCGGCGAACGACUACGAGCAGCUGGAGCUGCAGCAGCAGUACAGCCGCAUCAACGUCCGCUGGGACGCCUCCGACGAUGAGCUGGACAACGACAACAGCUCGGCGCGCCUCUUCGAGCGCUCCCGCAUCAAAGCUCUGGCAGACGAACGGGAGGCCGUGCAGAAGAAAACCUUCACCAAGUGGGUGAAUUCGCACUUGGCUCGCGUCACCUGCCGCAUCUCCGACCUCUACAUGGACCUUCGGGACGGGCGGGUGCUCAUCAAGCUGCUGGAGGUGCUGUCAGGAGAGCUUCUGCCCAAGCCCACCAAGGGCAGGAUGAGGAUCCACUGCCUGGAGAACGUGGAUAAGGCGCUGCAGUUCCUGAAGGAGCAGCGGGUCCACCUGGAGAACAUGGGCUCCCACGACAUCGUGGAUGGCAACCACCGCCUUGUCCUCGGCCUCAUCUGGACCAUCAUCCUCCGCUUCCAGAUCCAGGACAUCAUCGUGCAGACGCAGGAGGGCCGGGAGACGCGCUCCGCCAGGGACGCGCUGCUGCUCUGGUGCCAGAUGAAGACGGCAGGGUACCCCCACGUGAAUGUCACCAACUUCACCUCCAGCUGGAAGGACGGACUGGCCUUCAAUGCCCUCAUCCACCGGCACAGGCCCGAGCUGGUUGACUUCCAAAACCUGACCAAAUCCAAUGCCCGACACAACCUGGAGCACGCCUUCAGCGUGGCAGAGCGGCACCUGGGCAUCACCCCACUCCUCGACCCUGAAGAUGUCUUCACGGAGAACCCCGACGAGAAGUCCAUCAUCACCUAUGUGGUGGCCUUCUACCACUACUUCUCCAAGAUGAAGGUGCUGGAGGUGGAAGGCAGGCGUCUGGGCAAGGUCAUCGAGCACGCCAAGGAGACGGAGCGGAUGAUCGAGGGCUAUGGGGGGCUGGCCUCCGACCUGCUCACCUGGAUCGAGCAGACCAUCGCCUCCCUCAACAGCCGCAGCUUCGCCAACUCGCUGGCCGGGGUGCAGCACCAGCUGCAAGCCUUCAGCACCUACCGCACCGUGGAGAAGCCCCCCAAGUUUCAGGAGAAGGGCAACCUGGAGGUGCUGCUCUUCACCAUCCAGUCGCGGAUGCGAGCCAACAACCAGCGCGUCUACACCCCGCACGAGGGCCGCCUGGUCUCCGACAUCAACCGGGCCUGGGAGCAGCUGGAGAAAGCGGAGCACGAGCGGGAGCUGGCGCUGCGCAACGAGCUCAUCCGGCAGGAGAAGCUGGAGCAGCUGGCACGGCGCUUCGACCGCAAAGCGGCCAUGCGGGAGGCGUGGCUGAGCGAGAACCAGCGCCUGGUGGCCCAGGACAACUUUGGCCAGGACCUGUCGGCGGUGGAGGCGGCCAAGAAGAAGCACGAGGCCAUCGAGACAGACACGGCCGCCUACAAGGAGCGGGUGCAGGCCAUCGAGGCGGUGGCAAAGGAGCUGGAGGUGGAGGGCUACCACGACAUCCAGCGCAUCAAGGCGCGCAAGGACAACAUCCUGCGGCUCUGGGAGCAGCUCCUGGAGCUGCUGGCUGCCCGGCGCCAGCGCCUGGAGAUGAACCUCGCCCUGCAGCACCUCUUCCAGGAGAUGCUCCACAGCAUCGACUGGAUGGAUGAGGUCAAGGUGCAGUUGGCAUCGCCGGAAUCCGGGAAGCACCUUCUGGAGGCGGAGGAGCUGCUGCAGACCCACCGGCUGCUGGAGCGGGACAUGGCCCUGCAGGCAGAGAAGACACGCGCCAUCAGCGCCGCUGCCCUACGCUUCGCCGACGCCGAGGGCUACCGUCCCUGCGAUCCCAAAGUCAUCCGGGAUCGCGUGAGCCACCUGGAGAUGUGCCGUCGGGAGCUGCAGGCGCUGGCGGCCCGGAGGAGAGCCUUGCUGGAGCAAUCCCGGUCCCUCUGGACCUGCCUGUGGGAGCUGGAUGAGGCGGAAGGCUGGAUCAAGGAGCAGGAGCAGCUCUACUCCUCCCUGGAUUUCGGGAAGGACCUGCCGGGUGUCCUGGUGCUCCAGCGCCGCCACGCCGCCUUCGAGGCCGAGUUGCGGAGCCGGGGCGAGCGGCUGGAGCGGGCGCUGGCGGCGGGCAAGGGGCUGGCGGGGCCGGGGGCGGCGCAGCUGCGGGAGCGGGGGGCGGUGGUGAAGGGGUUGUGGGGGCAACUGGAGGAGCUGGCGGCUUUCCGCCGGCGCGGCUUACGGGAGGCCGAGGGCUUCUUCCAGUUCCAGGCGGAGGCGGAGGAGCUGGCGGAGGGACUGCGGGACGCUCGGCGGCGGGCGGGCAGCCAGGAGCUGGGGCAGGAUGAGUCCCGCACCCGCGCCUUGCUGCGGCAGCACCAGGAGCUGCUGGAGGAGUUGGCGGCCGCCCAGGAGCAGCUGGAAGGGUUGACCCGACAAGUCGAGGGCUUCCCCCCGGAGCUGCAAGCCAGCCCCGAGGCGCAGAGCCGGCUGGCGGCCCUGCGGGAGCUGCACGCCGAGGUGGCCGCCCUGGCCGAGCGGCGGGGCCGGCAGCUGCAGGACGCCCUCGACCUCUACACCGUUUUCGGGGAGAGCGACGCCUGCCACCUCUGGAUGGGGGCCAAGGAGACCUGGCUGGGGCAGCCGGAGGUCCCUCAGGCGCUGGAGGACCUGGACGUGGCGCAGCACAGGAUGGAUGGGCUGGAGCAGGAGAUGGCCACCGUGGCUUCCCAGAUCGCCGCCGUCAACCAGGCAGCCGAUGGCCUGCUGGCCAGCGGGCACCCCCGCAGCCCCCAGGUGCGGCAGUGCCAGGAGCAGCUCAAUGAGAGGUGGGACCGGUUCAGGGAGCUGGCGGCCCAGCGUGGCCGGGCGGUGGGCUCGGCUCUGCGCCUCCUCAACUACCGUCUGGAGUGCCAGGAGACCCGGCAAUGGCUGCAGGGCAAAGCCCAGGUGGUCAAAGCCACCGCCGAGCUGGGACGGGACCUGGCGGGCAUCCUGGCCACCCAACGCAAGCUCUACGGCAUCGAGCGGGAGUUGGCGGUCGCCAAGGACCGCCUGGCCGCCCUGCGUUCCCAGGCCGACCGCCUGGCCGAGGAACGGCCCGAGGUGGCCGGGGAGGUGGCUGAGCGGCUGGCGGCGGCGACAGCCGCCUGGGAAGAGCUGCAGGAGGCUCUGAGAGAGCGGGCAGCCUCCAUGGGGGAAGCCGGGCAGCUCCGGAGCUUUUUGCAGGACCUGGAUGACUUCCAAGCUUGGCUCUUCGGUGCUCAGAAAGCCGUGGCGGCCACCGACGACAUGCCGGCGUCUUUGUCAGAGGCGGAGGAGCUGCUGCAGGGCCACGAGGCCGCCCGGCGAGACGCGGAAGAGCACGCGGCCGCCUUCACCGCCUUGGUGGAGGCAGGGGAGAGGGUGGUGGGGGAGCAGGAGGACCCGCAGUACGAGGGGCUGCGGCAGCGUCUGCGCGGCGUGGAGGUGGGCUGGGCCGCCCUGGGCAGGAUGGCGGAGACCCGGCACCGCUUCCUCACCCAGUGCCGCAGCUUCCAGGAGUUCCUCCGCGACGCCAAGCAGGCGGAGAUCCUCCUCGCCAACCAGGAGUACACGCUGGCACACCUGGAGCUGCCUGCCACGCUGGAGGGCUCGGCUGCCGCCCUGCGCCGCUUCCAGGAGUUCCGCGCCGGCAUGGAGAGCAGCGCCGAGAAGGUCCCUGAAGUGGUCGCCGGCGGCACCAAGCUGGUGGCCGAGGGCAACAUCUUUGCUGAGAAGAUCGCCGAGAAGUGCCAGGCCCUCCAGGAGCGGCACGGAGCCGUCGUGGCCAAGGCGGAGGAGGCGGCGGGUUUGCUGCAAGACAACCACGAGCUGCAGACCUUCCUGCAGAGCUGCCGGGAGUUCGACGCCUGGGUGGAGGAGAAGAUGCUGACGGCACAGGACGUCGCCUUCGGCGGAGCCCGCGGCCUCCACAGCAAGUGGCAGAAGCACCAGGCGUUCAUGGCCGAGCUGGCAUCCAACCAGGGCUGGCUGGAGAAGAUUGAGACGGAAGGGAAGGAGCUGGCGAGCCGCAAGCCGCAGUACGGCGAGGUGGUGACGCGGCGGCUGGAGGAGCUGCGCCGGCGCUGGGACGCGCUGCGCGGCGCCGCCGAGGAGAAGGGCCGGCAGCUCUUCGAGGCCAAUCGCUCGGCGCUGUACGCCCAGAGCUACGAGGAGCUGGAGAGCUGGCUGGGGCGGGCGAAGGAGGAGCUGCGCGCCGCCGAGCAGGCCAAGGACCUCACCGCCACCAACCUGCUGCUGAAGAGGUUGAAGAGACUGGAAGAGCAAGUGGGAGCACGUAUGAAGGAGCUGGAGGAGCUGGAGUGGCAGAGUCCCCCCCCUGCCGGGGACAUGCCGGACGCUGACGGGCACGAGCAGAGGCUCCGGCAGCGAUUCCUCGAACUGCUGGAGCCGCUGGAGAGGAGGAGGAAGGAGCUGGAAACCGCCAAGGCCAUGUACCAGCUCGGGCGGGAUCUGGAGGAUGAGACGCUGUGGGUGCAGGAGCGGCUGCCCCUGGCGAGGUCGACGGAGCACGGCACUGACCUCCCGAGCGUGCAGCGCCUGGCCAAGAGGAACGAGACGCUGCAGAAGGAGCUGGGGGGCCAUGCCCCCCGCCUGGCCGAGGUGCUGAGCCGGGGGGAGGCGGCGGUGAGCGGCGCCCAGCCAAGCCCGGAGCUGGAGAAGCGGGUGCGGGAGCUGAAGGGGCUGUGGGAGACGCUGCAGGCGGAGGUGGCCGCCCGGCACCGGCGGCUGCGGGAGGCCGGCGAGGCGCAGCAGUACUACCUGGACGCCGGCGAGGCCGAGGCCUGGGUCAGCGAGCAGGAGCUCUUCAUGGGAGCUGAGGAGAAGCCGAAGGACGAGGAGAGCGGCUUGGUGAUGCUGAAGAGACACGUGCGGCAGCAGCGGUCCAUCGAGGACUAUGGCCAAACCAUCAAGGAGCUGGCGGGGAGGGCUCAGCAGCUGCUCUCCGCCGGCCACCCUGAGGGGGAGCAGAUCAUCCGGCUGCAGGGCCAGGUGGACAAGCACUACGCCGGGCUGAAGGAGGCGGCCGAGGAGCGCCGCCGGCGCCUGGAGAACAUGUCCCACCUCUUCCAGCUGAAGCGGGAGGUGGAGGACCUGGAGCAGUGGAUCGCCGAGCGCGACGUGGUCGCCUCCUCCCAGGAGAUGGGGCAGGACCUGGACCACGUCACGCUCCUGCGGGAGAAGUUUCGGGAGUUCGCACGGGAGACGGGCAGCGUGGGGCAGGAACGCGUGGACCGGGUGAACCUGACAAUCGAGGACCUUAUCGACGCCGGGCACGUGGAGGCGGCCACCAUGGCCGAGUGGAAGGACGGGCUGAACGAGAGCUGGGCCGACCUCCUGGAGCUGAUCGACACCCGCAUGCAGCUCCUCGCCGCCUCCUACGACCUGCACAAGUACUUCUACGACGGCGCCGAGCUGCUGGCCCUCAUCGCCGCCCGCUGCCAGGAGCUGCCCCAGGACCUGGGUGAAGACGCCGGCACGGUGGAGGCUUUCCACCGCAUGCACAGCGCCUUCGAGCGCGACCUCCAGCUGCUGGAGACGCAGGUGCAGCAGUUUCGGGAGACGGCGGCGCGCCUGCAGACCGCCUACGCCGGGGAGAAGGCGGCUGGCAUCCAGGAGCAGGAGCAGGAGGUGGCCCGAGCCCUGCGGGCGCUGCUGGAGGCGUGCAGCGGGCGGCGGGCACGGCUGGUGGACACGGCUGACAAGCAUCGCUUCUUCAGCAUGGCGCGGGAUCUGCUCUCCUGGAUGGAGAGCACCGUCCGGCAGAUCGAGACGCAGGAGAAACCCAGGGACGUCUCCUCGGUGGAGCUGCUCAUGAAGUACCACCAGGGCAUCAGGGCCGAGGUGGACGCCCGGAGCAAGAACUUCACCACCUGCAUUGAGCUGGGCAAGAAGCUUCUGCAGCGCAAGCACCAGGACUCGCCGGAGAUCAAGACGAAGCUGGUGGAGCUGGUGGAGAAGAGGAAGGCCAUGAUGGAGAUGUGGGAGCAGCGCUGGGAGCGGCUGCGGCUGUUGCUGGAGGUGUGCCAGUUCUCCCGGGACGCCUCGGUGGCCGAGUCGUGGCUCAUAGCGCAGGAGCCUUACCUGGCCAGCAGCGACUACGGGCAGACGGUGGACGCGGUGGAGAAGCUGCUCAAGCGGCACGAAGCCUUCGAGAAGUCCUCGGCCACCUGGGAGGAGCGCAUCGCCGCCCUGAGGAAGCUGACGACGCUGGAGCUCCUGGGCGAGCGGACGCUGCGUGAGGGGCUGGCGCAGGAUGGGGUGACGCGUUCCGAGGCUCCCGACUACCGCCUGGAUCUGGAUGGAGAGCUGGAAGCCGGGUCCGAGGAGGAGGAAGAGGAGAAGACGAAGGGCACGACCACACAGGACACCUCCGCGCCCGCCACUGACGGACCAGAGCCGCUGGCGCGGACGAUGAGCAACGAGAAGCCGGUGUCACCGAGCCCACGGCCACCGCGGGAGGAGCCGGAGGAGCCGGCCACGUUGCCGGCCCGUGCCAGCAGUGUCCAGCUGGAGGGCUACCUCGGCCGCAAACACGACCUGGAGGCAGCCACCAAACGGGCGUCCAACCGGUCGUGGAGCACGCGGUACUGCGUGCUGCGGGGCGGCCAGCUCGCCUUCUUCAAGGAUGCCAAGAGCCGGGCGUUGGGGCUACCGUGCCACGGCGAAGAGCCCCUGGGGCUACGGGACGCCCUCUGCGAGGUGGCCGCCGGCUACAAGAAGAAGAAGCACGUCUUCAAACUCAGGCUCAGCAAUGGCAGCGAGUGGCUCUUCCAUGGCAAGGAUGAGGAGGAGCUGCAGGCCUGGCUGCAGGGGUUGAGCGUGGCGAUAACCGAGUGCGGGGGCAGCCGGGGGAAGGCGCAGAGCCUGCCCCUGCCCCUGCCCCCCGCCCCGGCCCCCCCGGAACCCCCCCUGCCCCGCAAGGACAAGGAGAAACGGUUCAGCUUCUUCCCAAAAAAGAAAUAACCCCCUCCUUUGAGGGGAGGGGAGGGGGGGGGAACCCCGCGCCCCGGGGUCACGGCGGCGGUGCCCGCGGCCACGCGUGCGCAGGGACACGCGUGUGCGUGUGGCUAUAGGUCCCGGCGGGUCUAUGGGGCAGGCGACGGGCUUCACGCGCGGGCAGGAGCCGGACAGUCCCCGUAUAAGGGACAGGGUGUACGUCCAUGUCCGCAUAUACGGUGGCACGUAGAGGAGCCUGCCCCCCCCCCCGGCUCCGUGUGCGCCAAACACGCGUGUGCGCCAAACACGCGUGUGCACAUGUGUAUAUAUAUAUAUUUGUAUUUAUAUAUAUACAUCCAUUUCCAUGCCUAAGGGUAUCACACACCGACGCGGAGGUGAGCGCAGACGGACACCCGCCUCCCCGUGUCCGUGCCCCAUGUGCGCCCAGGGGUGCGCGCGGCCCCCCCACCGCACACACACACACACACACACACACACGUGUGUCCCUGCACGCACACGCCCGCACACGCGUGUCCCCGCAUGCAGGUGCACUCCCCCCCGCCCCCAGCUCCGCACGCACGGCCACACGCGUGCAUGCCCCACACGCGUGCAUGCCCCCCCACACCCCCUGGCACCCAGCACCCACACAGGGGGCUGCUGGGGGGUGACCCCCCCCCCCCCCGCCCCCCGAAGCCAUAACCCACCCCCUCCCCAGCGCGUGGGUGCAGAGGGGGCACCCCCGGCCCCUGCGGGCACCAACCAAAGAGCGUCGGCACGGGGGGCACCGUGCCCCCCACCGGCACUGAUGGGGUUGUGGGGACACCCCCCCCCCCUCCCCGUGCCCCACAGCCAGGACGAGCCACCCCGGGGCUGGGGCGGGGGGCCGGGGGGGGAGCGUGGGCCACCAGAGAGGAACUUUUGGUUCAGUUUGGGGUUUUUUUCUAAUAAAGAUGUGAAAGCCA